AUGGGCUCAAAAUCUAAAGUCAGCGGUCGCUCAAGUAAGAAGGCAUCGAGAAGCCACAACUCCAACAAUACGUCGUCAUCGUCAGAGUCGCCGCCAGUAACAAUUUGGCCUCCACCGCGCUUGCAGUGUGUUCGCUCUUCUACUGGUGGAAACAUAAGCGAUAGGACUAGCUGCUCUAGUGCAGGCAAACGCUCGGGAGUUGCAAGGCUUUCGUUCACCUUUGAGGAGGAGCCAGGACCAAGCUGUUCGUCAAAGCCGACUUGUAGCCGCAGUGUGGACAACUACAAGAAAAGUCACAAGCCAUUGCCACCUGGAGUUCAUCGAGUGGAGCUGUUCGGUCACUUCACUAAAGUCGCGCUUGAAGGCCAUAUUCUUUGGGAGGACUGUAAAUGCGUGGAGAAUAAGGCUAGGACGAGCAACACCACCAACAACAUCAACGAUGACGACAAUCAAGAAUGA